AUGGCCGAGCGGCUUAAGCGCGAGGUCAAGGAAAAGGCCCGUCGUCGCCGGGCGGAAGGGGAAGGGGAGCGUGCGGUCUAUGGUUCUGGCGACCGCGGCUUAGCUGCUAAUGCCAAUGCUGCCAACGCCGAGGGGACUCUGCUAUCCCGCGACAUUGCUACUCCGGCAUGCAGUCUGUUCAGGACAGCCUUGGACCUUCGCAAUGGGGGGACGGAACCGUACUCCCAGGCAGCCUUGGACCUUCAGGACAUUGCUAGUCCAGCAUGCAGUCUCUUCAGGACAGCUUUGGACCUUCGCAAUGGGGGGACGGAACCGUGCUCCCAGGCAGCCUUGGACCUUUACAAUGAGGGGACGGAAUCGUACUCCCAGGCAUCCUUGGACCUUCACAAUGGGGGCACGGAACCGUACUCCCAGGCAUCCUCUUUCCCGCCCAAACGCGGGAAGAACUGCACGCUUACCAGCAAGGAUGCUCGUGAUUUGAUGGCCUUCAGCCGGACCGACACGAUUCUUUUCACGUUCUACCUCGAACACUUGGUUCCCUUCCUAUUCCCCUUUUACCGCCCGUCUCUCCUUGAAGGCGGCAGAGCAUGGAUCUUGGAUUUGAUGAUAAGCAGCCCGGUGGUCCGGCAGGCCACGUUGUGUCAGAGUGCAUAUUACUUCUCUCUCGCGCGGGGCACGGCCGAGGCCAACGGAGACGUAGGUUGGGAAACCGUGCUUGCGCAGACCAGGGAUGCCUUUGGGGUGCUGAGACAGUCGCUGCAGGUGAUCGAUGGCUCAGGCAUCGCCGACCAUCUGCACGGCGCCGUCCGGAUCAUGGCCAGCAUCAUGCAGGUGCAGCGUUUCGAGAUUGCCACCUUGAGCUUUGGCAAUUGUCAGGCACACCUCAACGCCGCUCUGGCUCUGUUCAGACAGCUCCUCGACAGCCCGGGCGCCGACAAAUCAACGGGACUCGGGCCUCGGUCGAGCUUCAACGCCGUCAUGAGCCGUCUAGGGCCAUCAUCAUGGAUUUGGCCUGUCCAGAGGGUAGAGGUUCCCAGUGCUGAACAGGCCGCCUUUCGCUUCUCAUGCGCCUUUUUGAUCGUGGAUGACAUUAUUGCCAGCACGGUGCUUCAGGAGCAACCCAGGCUCCACGAGUAUCACGCCAGCCUGAUCGGCGAUGGCAAUGGCACCGACCCCCCUAUCAAUCUCGAGGCAACGAUAGGGUGCCAAAACUGGACGCUGCUCCAUAUCGGCGAGAUUGCCACGCUUGACGCCUGGAAACAGCGCUGCAAGAGAGCGGGAACUUUGAAUGUCAUGGAGCUGGUACACCGCGCCACCGCCAUCAAGAGCUCGUUGGACGUCCAUCUCACGCGGCUCGAAACCGAGCAGGGGGUUCGUCCAAAAGAGGGAGGGGGUGGCAGCCUGCUGGAUGUUUUCGCCGAAGGUUACGGCCAGAAAUCCCAAACACCCGCCAGCCAGAGCCCCUUGGUGACCCAGGUCUGGGCCCAUGCAGCGCUCAUUUAUCUAUUUGUCGUGGUGUCCGGAUGGCAGACGGCCAGCGCCGAGGUGCGGUAUCACGUUGGUCGGAUCAUCGACCUGCUGGCGACUCAAAUCUCACCGCCAGCCUUGCUGCGCACCAUGGUCUGGCCCUUCUGCGUGGCAGGCUGCCUCGCCGAGCCGGCGCAGGAAGCUCAUCUACGCGCAAUGGUGGAAGCCUUGCAAUCGAUGUACGUCUUUGGCCCGGUACAUAAGGCACUUGAGAUCAUGGAAAAUGCAUGGCACAACAGAGAUACAGGAGAUGCUGCGAGCCGAGACUUGGCUACGUGUUUUAGAAGUCAAGGUGAUCUGGUGUUGCUUUCUUGA